AUGAAUUUAACAACAUUUAGGAAUAUUCUAGCGUUUUGGUGGGUUUUCGCGCUCAAAAAAUUCAAAAAAAAUUCAAAAAAAAAUUUUCACAGGCUUCUCGGGUUGUGCAAUAAUUAUGGAUAUGUUAUUAUGUUAUCAGCGGCUGAGGAUAUUUUGGAUGCGCAGAAAAAUAAUGGAAGUUCGACGAACUCGACGAGCAAAGAUACUUGUGUGGUACGGUGGGUUUUGGCGUGGAAUUUUUGUCCAAAACAAGGUUUCCUGGUCAAAAAAUCAUGAAAAUUCCAAUUUUUCACUUCAAAAUCAAAUUUAAAGCCUAAAAAACCUUUCUAGACCUAAAAACCUUUAAAAAUUCAUAUUUUCGAUCCAAAAUAGGUUGCGGGACCUGAAAAUUCGAUUUUUUUUCAGAUUUUCAAUCAAAGGGAGCUCUCUGGAGCUGAAAAUAAUAAAAGUUUCAUAAUUUUCCUCUAAAAAUUGAAUUUCAAAUUCCGAAAACGUCUCUAGGCCUUAAAAUUAUAAAAAUUUCAAAAAUGUCAUCCAAAAAAUGUUCCUAGACCAGAAACCUCUCAGAAUUUCAAAUUUUAAGCUUUAAAAAUGUUCCUGAGCCUUAAAAUCUUGAAAUUUCCGAAUUUUUAUCUAAAAAAUGAAUUUCAGGUUCCAAAAACAUCUCUAGGCUUAAAAACCUUCAUAAAUUCAUAUUUUCAGUCAUAGAAAGGCUCCAAAUCUUUAAAAUUCUGAAAAAUUCAAAAUUUUCCCCUAAGAAUGUCUAGGAAGACCUAAAAAUUAUUAAACAUUCGAAUUUUUGAUGAAAAAAAUUUUCCUGGACCAGAAAACUCUCAGAAUUUCACUUUUUAAUCUUCAAAAAUGUUCCUGAGCUUAGAAAAUCAUGAAAUUUUCGAAUUUUUGUCCAAAACAAGGUUUUCUGGUCAGAAAAUCAUGAAAAUUUCGAAUUUUUGGCCAAAACAAGGUUUCCUGGUCAAAAAAUUAUGAAAAUUUCGAAUUUUUAAGCUUAAAAAAUGUUCCUGAGCUCAAAAAUCAUGAAAAUUUCGAAUUUUUGUCCAAAACAAGGUUUCCUGGUCAGAAAAUCAUGAAAAUUUCGAAUUUUUGUCCAAAACAAGGUUUUCUGGUCAAAAAAUCAUGAAAAUUUUGAAUUUUAGACCCCCAGACCUCGAAAAAAUCCCAAUUUUUGCAGCCAACCCUCGAAUCUCGUCAAUGUUCAACAAUUUCCACUGGCGCCGUUUUAUUAGCUGAUAAUUUGCCAGCUUUAAUAGUUCAGCUAACUUUUCCAUUUUUUAUGCAUCGAUUUCCUUUCGGUUUUCGAGCUCUUUUGGUUUUUGCUCUUCAAGUUUCGUGUUAUUUUGUUGUCGCUUUCUCGAAAAACGUUUUCAUGUCACUUUUGGGCGUUUGUUUGGCGAGUUUUGGACAAGGAAUCGGCGAAAUCACUUUUUUGGCCAUGGCUGCGCAUUAUAAGAGGUGGGAGGAGUUUUUGAACCGAAAAUUCGAAAUUUACAGGAUUUUUUGACCAGGAAACCUUGUUUUGGACAAAAAUUCAAGAAUUUUCAUGAUUUUUUGACCAGGAAAACCUUGUUUUGGACAAAAAUUCGAAAUGUUCAUGAUUUUUUGAUCAGGAAACAUUGUUUUGGACAAAAAUUCGAAAUUUUCAUGAUUUUCUGAAAUCCACGUGGCAAAAAUAUUUUUGAAAUUUUCCGUUUUGAAAAGUUCAGUAAAAAACCCACAUGUACAUAUUUUUGCAAAUUUUGAAAAAUUCAAAUUUCCCGCUCAGUUUUUUGAAGGUGGGAAAAUUCAAAUGUUCAAAUUUUUCGCUUAAUUUUCAAGGCGCGAAAUUCGAAAAUUCAAAAUUUCCCGCUUAAUUUUCAAGGCGCAAAAUGCAAAAAUUCAAAUUUUUAGGGAUUUUCAGCUCAAAAACAAGGUUCCCUGGUCAAAAAAUCAUGAAAAACUCGAAUUUUCCAUUCAGGAAACUCAAAAAUCCCCAAAUUUCCAGCGAAACCAUCGCUUCUUGGUCAUCCGGAACUGGCGGAGCCGGUCUAAUCGGCUCAUUCUCCUAUGCUCUCAUCACUCAAGCCGGGCUCUCACCAGCCAACACACUUUUGGCUCAACUUUUCAUUCCGGUGCUUUUUGCCGUGGCCUAUUUUUUGAUUUUGACAUUUCCCGAUACAGUUUAUACACCAAGAUGGUCGCAGCCAAAAACUUGGAUUAUUCCCAAAAAUUAUGAUCAGCAGAUUUUUGUGAGUUUGGCUAACUUUCAGCCCGUAAAAGCCUAAAUUUUAGGCCCAAACCACCCCAGAAUUGGCCAGAAAUCAUGUUUUUCCAGGACGACGCCAAGAAUCGGGGUGAAGUUCUGAAUUCGGAAAAAGUUCCGCAACGCGAGCUUUCCGCUUGGGAUCGAGUUCGUCUAAUUCGCCCGCUUUUGCAUUUGAUGGUCCCGUUGGCUACCGUAUACACGGCGGAAUAUAUUAUUAAUCAGGGAUUGGUGAGUUCCUUACAGUAGUGAAAAUAUGAUAGGAUUUCUAGCAGCCCCAAGUUCCCUACAGCAGUGAAAAUAUGCUAGGAUUUCUGACUGCCCCAAGUUCCCUACAGUAGUGAAAAUAUGCUAGGAUUUCUGACUGCCCCAAGUUCCCUACAGUAGUGAAUAUAUGCUAGGAUUUUUGACAGCCUCAAAGUUCCUUACACUAGUGAAAGUAUGCUAGGAUUUCUGGUAGCCUCAAGUUUUCUAGGGUAGUGAAAAUAUGCUAGGAUUUCUGGUAGCCUCAAAAAAUUCCAGGUAGUGAAAAUAUGAUGGGAUUUCUAACAGCCCCAAGUUCCUUACAGUAGUGAAAGUAUGCUAGGAUUUUUGACAGCCUCAAAGUUCCUUACACUAGUGAAAGUAUGCUAGGAUUUCUGGUAGCCUCAAGUUUUCUAGGGUAGUGAAAAUAUGCUAGGAUUUCUGGUAGCCUCAAAAAAUUCCAGGUAGUGAAAAUAUGAUGGGAUUUCUAACAGCCCCAAGUUCUCUACAGUAGGCAAAAUAUGGUGUGAUUUCAGACGGAGCUGGUGAUUUUCAACUGCUCACAAGGUCUCAGCCUACCAUUAUCAAGUCAAUAUCGUUGGUAUCAGGUGAGUAGAUCAAAAUUUCGGUGCCACGUGGCUUUUUGGCGCCAAAAUUACGAUCAAAAUGAUACUAAACAUGAUACGUGGCAACAAAUCUCCAAGUAAAUGGUCGCAGGUUCGAGUCCCCAUGAGAGCUACCAAAAAAAUUUUUUUUUUUUACUUAUUUUUGCCACGUGGCAUAUUUGGUAUCGUUUUGACGCGAAUUUUUUCCCAGGUUCUCUAUCAACUCGGCGUGUUCCUCUCACGAUCUUCUGUCAAAUUUUUCGAGAUGCCAGUUUGGCUCAUCUGGUUGCUUCCCCUAAUGCAGGUAGGUUGCAUUUUGUGCCACGUGGCGUUUUGGGGCAAAAAUAUGAUGCAUUUUGAUACCCAAUAAGGCUAGGUUUGAAAAUUUUGAAAAAAAAUUUGUUUCUUUAAUUUUCUUUGAUGCAUUUUGAUACCCCAUAAGCCAAAUUUGAAAUUAAAAAAAAACUUUUUAUUUAAAAAAUUUAAACCUAGGCUUAUUUGGUAUUAAAAUGCAGGUAGGUCGAAUUUUUUUGCCACGUGGCAUGGUUGUGGCGCGAAAAUUUCAAUUUGACGCAUUUUGAUAAGCCUAAUUUAAAAUUUGAAAAAAAAAAAUUUUAUUAAAAAAAAAUUUAAACCUAGGCUUAUUUGGUAUCAAAAUGCAGGUAGAUCGAUUUUUUUGCCACGUGGCAUGUUUUUGGGGCGAAAAUUUGAAUUUGAUACCCAAUAGGUUAAAAAUAUCAAAAAAAAAUUAAACCUAGGCUUAUUUGACGCAUUUUGAUACCCCAUAAGCCUAAUUUAAAAUUAAAAAAAAAUAUUUUUUUAAUUUUUAUUAAAAAAAUUUUAACCCAGGCUUAUUUGGUAUCAAAAUGCCUCAAAUUUCGCCCCAAAACGCCACGUGGCACCACAUUUUCACUCCGAAUUCAAAUUUCAGGUGAUAAACAUGUUAUUCUUCUUCUUCGAAGCCGUCUAUUGGUUCAUCCCCACAAUCAUCAUCAUAUUUUGCCUGAUUAUUUUUGAAGGACUACUGGGUGGCUCGGCCUACGUGAAUACAUAUAAUAAAAUUCACAAAUUAGUCGAACCCGACAUUCGCGAAUAUUCAUUGUCAGCUGCUUCGAUGGGAAAUUCGAUCGGAACGAAUUUCGCAGCUUUCAUCAGUAUUCCAUUGUAUAAUUGGAUUUGUGCCAUGAAAAUUCCGAGAUAA